AUGUCAAAUAAUGAUGCCUAAAAUACUGAUGAUAUCAAAUUGCUAACUCAAAACAUGUAGAAUUCAAUUAGUGCAUUUUUCAAAGAUCAUACUGUAGCAGAGCUUCUCCCAGACAAUGCUAAAGUAAGACCUACAAUUAUGAGUAAUAUUAAUAAAUAGAUAGUGGUUCUAAAUCAUGAGUCAACUCUAUAGCAAUGUAUCAAUGCAAUGGUCAUUGAAUAAAAUGUUCAAAACUCAGUAUGCUGGGAUUCAGAGAAAAAAGACUUUCUAGGAAUGAUGUCAAUCAGGCAUUUGCUAGAGAUAAUAGUCUACUUUACCUAGACAUUGAAAGAUUCCUUUUCAAGAGAGGAUCUGAAUCAAUUGAAUGAAAAGAAUUAUAUAUAAUUCUUCAUUGACACUUAUCUCAUGAUGAAUCCAGGAUAUUAGAACCUCUCUCGCUAGACUCAUCUUAGGAAUGGCUUCCGUCGAAUCGAUAGCAAUUUACAAUUGAGAUAGGACUUGUCAAUGUUACCUAAGUUGCUUAAUCAGAUUAGCUUGAAGGAGUGGUUCGCAAUUGAGAAUGAUGUGGUGAGAGUGCAUAAAAGUAAACUAGUUGUCUUCAAUAUUGAUGAUUCCAUUUUCAAGCUAAUAACUUACAUGAGUUAAAAUGGCUACAACCAGAUUGGUCUAAUGAACCAAGACUAAACUUAGGUUCAAGGGUUCAUCUGUUUUAACGAUAUUAUAAGGUUCCUGGUUGAUAACUAUAAUGGGGAUCUAAGCUUUUUUGAGCACUCACUAACUGAUUUCAAUUUGGCUACCAGACAGGUAUUCCCAACUAACUCUAAUGUGGUAAUGGCAAAGGAAAAUGAGACUCUUUUCUAAACUUUAAAGAAGAUGAGAGACAACAGAAUAUCCUGUAUACCUAUUGAGAGGUAAAUAAAUGCAAAUGAGGAUUAUAAUACUAGAACGAUCGGCCUCGCAUACUUAACAGAUCUAAUGUUUAUGUUCAGGGUUCCUAACUAUUAUAAAUAUCUAGAUGAACCAGUUAUAAACUUUAUCACUGAUCUAAAUGCAUUGGAAGAGGAUGCAUUAUUUAUGGAUUAAACUGCAUCCACUACAACUUAAGGAGUUAAUCAAUUUGAUGGCAAACACAAUGAAGAAUCAAAAGGAGAUCACAACUCAGGUGAUGAAGUAAACAAGACAAGUAAAAGAAAAAAGACUAUAACAAUAGAUGAGGAAUUAGACUCUGAUGAGGAAGGUUCUGACGAAUAUGAGGACGAUGAAGAAUAUAAAGCUGAAAAGCAGAAUUUGGCUGAACUAGCUAGGCAAGUCAAAUAAUAGAAUCUCUUGAUGUAAGAGGAGAGAAAGUUGCAAGAAACAGUUCAUGACUAAAAGAUCAAGGGGGAUCAUGAUUUAGUGAUAGAAGACUUAUUUGGUAAAUUAUUAGGAAUAGAAAGAAUCCUUCUAUUGAAAAAAGCAGACACUCUAAGAGAUGUGAUUGAGAAAAUAAGUUUGAUUCCAGAGUCCAAACUUGGAUAUAUAGAGGUUGAAUCUGGCUAUCCCAAGAUGAAAAAUGUGCUCACUCUGAGUGAUCUGUUCAGAUACUUAGCCACAGUAUAGAUAUAGUGA